AUGAUUCUUUGUAUGUUUUUAUGGAUUUUCACCAUUCUACCAGUCAUAUCAUCUACUGAUAUAGAGAUACUAUCGCCUACCUUAAAUACGAAAUAUCUCUUAAAAAGUAAUAAUAACUUCGAAAUCCCAAUACAUUGGGAUUUUCGAAAUGACGAAGUCCCAAGAAGUAUGACGUUAAAAUUAUGCAAAGGCUCUAAUACAAAUAUACAAGUAAUUUAUAAUAUUGCUAGCUUAAUAAAAGCUGAAAAAUCUCAGUUGCUAGCCAUUAUACCCUCAGACCAAAUUGGGAUAAAUGAUAUUUACUUCAUACAAUUUUAUUUAGAGUAUCCCUUUGGUUAUAUGAUCAAAUAUUCUCCGAGAUUCAAGUUACUAUCUAGGGCCAACAUCGAACUGAUUAUCAGUACUACUUUGGUUCCGAAUGCAGAAACCAAGACAACAGCAAAUGUCCCAGCUACAACGACUUCCAGUACUACUACUAGUUCUUCCUCAAGUGAAAUUACGGGGGACACGCGUUAUACUGAGCAGACGGGCUUGACUAGAUAUGCCCCAAUGCAAUUCCAACCACAGACAAAAUGUAAUCCGAGGGCUACUUGGACAAAACAGUAUCCUAAAAGUAGUAAAAUAACAUUUUAUUCGACAUUUAGGAGUUACAUCGAUCAUAGCACUACAAUCACACCAUCAUGGUCAUACUCAAUUCGUAGAGACGUUAAUCAUGUUUCAAGGGCAAGGAUGCCAAUAAAAAAUGGUGGCUGGUAUAAUCCUACCAUAAGGACAAAAAAAGUGUCAAGAAGAAAAAUAAAUAAUUAG